AUGCCUAAGAGAAAGUCUCUCACUGGUAGAAAAGAGCGCAGGAAGGAUGUUGAGAGGAAGAGGCAAAGGAAACUUGAGUCCUGCCAUGAUAUUCCAUCAGAAAAACCAGUGACAGAGUCUAAUGCUCCACAGAGAGAAGUCGAUGAAGCUGCUCCUGGCUCAGAGUGUGGCUCUAUAGGGUUGCCACCUACUACACUAAAACCCUUGGCCAGGGUGCAGGCCUCUCCUUGUGAGAGAAUGCACUCAGCCCCGAGGUUGUCAUCUCCUCGGGGAAGUCGUCUGAUUGUCCCAAAAGACAAGGUAGCAUCCCCUGACUCCCCAGCGUGGGUUUGUACUCCACCGAGAGUACCUGAAUCGGACAUUUGGAUGAUGUCAGAUUCAGCAGGUCAGGCGCAGCUGAUACCUUCCAAGGGGAAAGAGGGAGAUCCAAUGUUUGGUGAAAAUAGUGGAACUCAGUGUGUAGCAAAUUCUUUAACAGCACUGGCAUAUCAUAAAUUAAAGAAUUGUGAGCAAUGGCAGUAUGAAGAUAUGAACAAAAUUUUGGCAAUAGGAGAUGAGAUGUACUCAUAUCUACAGUGUAGUUCAACAAUUGCAAACAGAUACCUUUUAGUAAGUGAAUUGCCUCAGUUUUUUGAAUGCUUUGGUAGAAUGUUUGAGUUUAAAGCAAAUGAGUCUUUACCAAGCCUGAUAAACUUGGCAGGUGUAGUACUAAAUUAUACCGACUUUAAUGCUUAUCAGAUAUUAGAUGCACUUCAAAUAGCCCUUGAUGACAGUGAUGGUUGUUUUGUGUGUUUUGGUGGAAAUACAUUUUUGAUUGGGAAAUAUCAACAUAAUUUCUUCACAUUUGAUUCUCACUCAAGGUCAUCUGCAGGAUUUCAGAGUGUAAAUGGUAGAAGUACACGAGUAUUGUAUGAAUCAGUACAAGAUUUAUGCAAUCAUAUUUUGUCUUUAGCUAGGUCAAUGGGUUAUUCGAAAGCAGUGGAAUGUGAAAUAACUGGAGUGCAAUGCUCAGUUAGACAGCUUUCAUUGGGUAAGGAAGAAGGCAUUAAAAAACAAUUACAAAUCAGUGAUAAAGAGCAUGAACUAAACAAAUCUGGAGAGUUUCAAUGCAGUAUUAGUAGUACUGGUUUACAAAAUGCUGAUGAGGUAGAAUUUGUUGGGAGUGAGAAGCAUCAGAUAAGAUUUUUACCACUUUCUGAUGAUCAGAAGAAAACACACUGUGAAAUCUUAAAAAUACCAUAUUCAAUGCAUAAAUGUGAAAAUCAGCAUGAGUAUGGACAAGAAAUAACAGUGCCAAUGAACACUGUACUAGUUGAUCCAGAUGGAAAUUGUUUCUUUAGAGCAAUUUCAUUCUGUUUAACAGGAAAGGAAGACUUUCAUCACACAAUACGUUUAGCAGUAUGUCAUCAUCUCAUGGAAAAUGAUUUGCUUUUCACACCAUUCUUAAGGCCAGGUGAAAAUUCUGUAGAGAACCACAUUUCCUUGUCAAGCAUGUGCAUGGAUGGAAGAUGGGCAACUGAAUUAGAGAUUCUUGCACUGUCCCAUUUAUUGAAAACUGAAAUUCAUACAUACUCAGAGAACAAAUGGGUUACUUUUUCAGGAUUGAUGGUGAAUCCAGAAGAAAACAUGGCCUCACUGGGAGGUAUUUAUUUAGAUCAUAAGAAUCAGAAUCAUUACAAUGUUGUCACAUCUGUUACUUUGGGAAAAAAUGUAUCAGCAAUUCAAUCACAGAAACUAUUAUGUUUGAAACAUAACACUAGGAAAAUUGCAGAUAGAAACCAGAAGAGACAACAGCGAGAAUCUAUUUCAUUCCAAAAUGAAAGAUGCAAACUUGAGAUGUCAGAUCUACACAAAGAAAAAGUGAAAGAAAAAAGUAAACAAAAGUAUGAAUCAAACCAGCUACACAGAGAAGAAGUCAAACAAAGAAGCAGACAGAAGUAUAAAACAAAUCAGUCACAUAAGGAGGAAGUCAAACAAAGAAGCAGACAGAAGUAUAAAACAGAUCAGUCACAUAAGGAGGAAGUCAAACGAAGAAGCAGACAGAAGUAUAAAACAGAUCAGUCACAUAAGGAGGAAGUCAAACAAAGAAGCAGACAGAAGUAUAAAACAAAUCAGUCACAUAAGGAGGAAGUCAAACAAAGAAGCAGACAGAAGUAUAAAACAAAUCAGUCACAUAAGGAGGAAGUCAAACAAAGAAGCAGACAGAAGUAUAAAACAAAUCAGUCACAUAAGGAGGAAGUCAAACAAAGAAGCAGACAGAAGUAUAAAACAGAUCAGUCACAUAAGGAGGAAGUCAAACGAAGAAGCAGACAGAAGUAUAAAACAGAUAAACAGCACCAUGAAAAGGUUAAAACAGCUAGUAAAGUAAAAUAUCAUUCCAGUGCAGAAACAAAGACACAGAUUAAGGAAUCUGUACAAAAACAAAGACAAGCACUGCAUGAAAUGCUUAAAAACAUUGAUGAAGUGGUGAAAUCAUUUAAAAAUUGUGUUAGACAUGGACCAGAAUAUGUAUGUUGCUGCUGCCAUCGCCUUUUGUUUGAAAACCAGGUACAAGGAUGUACACUUGAAAUGUAUGAAAAAAGUAUUAAGGCAGUUCAUGUUGCAAAUUUGUGCAUGGAUAAGAAAUAUGUUCAUAGUUGUACAUCUGCAUGUUCUCAAAAUUGUCCGAAAUCAUGUACUUGGAUUUGUUUUACAUGCCAUAGAAAAAUUCUAAGUGGAAAUGUUCCUGCUGAAGCAGCUUUCAACAAAAUGUAUUUGGAAGAUAUUCCUCCAGAGCUCAGUAACUUGAAUAGUUUAGAGCAGCAUCUAAUUGCUCUUCAUAUACCUUUCAUGAAAGUAAUGAUGCUUCCAAAAGGUGGCCAGGAAAAUGUACAUGGACCUGUUGUAUGUGUGCCAUCGAACCUUAAGAAAACAAGCAGUUUGCCUCUGAAUGGAAAUGAAAAUCUUUUAUUACGAGUUAAGCUCAAACGAAAGUUGUCCUAUAAGGGAUAUUAUGAAUAUCAGUUUGUAAACCCAAAUGACAUUAAAAUAGCUCUCAAUUAUCUGAAAGAAAAUAAUCAGUGGUAUCAUAAUGUUGAAAUCAACACAACAUGGGAGAAAGGUAAUGACCAAAGUACCUUAUUCUGCCAGCCAGAAGUAUUUGACAAUGAAGAAAUAAUUGAAGAACAAAACAUUGCAAUUCAAAAAGUUGCUACAGAUACUUGUUUACAACCUGUAGAUAUUGCCCAAGAAGUUCUAGAUCACUACUUCGAUGAUGUGUAUAACAUAGCUCCAGGUGAGGGACAAAAUCCAGUAAGAAUGUUGCAAGAGGAGGGCAAUGAAGCAAAGACAUUUCCUUACUUAUAUCCAUCUGGAAAAUAUUCAUGGAAUGAAAGUCGAGAUGUAAGGAUAACACUUUCUCGAUAUUUUAACAACAGGCUGAUGAAUGCAGAUAAUAGAUUUGCAAAGGAUACAAAUUACAUCUUCUUUUGUCAAUAUUUAUCUGAAUUGAACCAGGUGAUUGAGAAAACUCAAAUUUCAAUUCGGAAAUCUGUAUCAAAACUUGAUGGAGGGAUACAAGUCACAACAGAAAUGUUACAAAAUCCAAUUGUACUUGCAAAACUGCUCAAAACUGAUGAGGCUAUGCGGUUUAUGCAACCAAUUAGAGGAACACCUGCAUAUUGGUCUACUGCUCAAAAAGAUCUUUUUGCUAUGCUUCGACAACUUGGAAUUCCAACAUGGUUCUGUUCUUUUUCUUCUGCAGAAUUCAGGUGGAAUGAAAUACUGAGUUCAAUUAUGCUACAAAUGAAUGACAAUAGAAAUCCCUCUGAUUUAGACUGGUCUGCGAAAAGUGAAAUUCUGAGAAGCAAUCCUGUUACUGUUGCAAGGAUGUUUGAACAUAGGUUCCAUAUUUUCCAGAAGAAUGUAAUAAUGUCACCAGCAAAACCCAUUGGACAUAUUGUAGAUUACUUUGUAAGAGUUGAGUUUCAGCAGAGGGGUUCUCCUCAUAUGCAUUGGUUGUACUGGGUUGAGAAUUCACCAAAAUUAGAUGAAGACAGUGAGGAGACUGUUUGUCACUUCAUUGAUAGGCAUAUCACUUGUGCUCUACCGUCAGAGGACACUGACCUAGAACUUCGACAAAGUGUAUUAGAUGUGCAACAGCACAGCAAAAGUCACUCGAAAUCAUGUAGGAAAAAAGGAACAGAGUGUAGGUUCAAUUUUCCUAGACCACCAUCUGAGCGUACAUUCAUUUCAAGACAAUUGGAACAAAAUAUGGAUGAUUCAAGUAAUGAAUUAACUUGUGCGCAGGCAAAGGAGAUUUUGUUAAUUGUGUGGAAUGAAAUUACCAAUGACGCUAAUGCAUGUAGAACAACAGAGGAAAUAUUCACCAAUAUAAAGCUAUCACAGGAUUUAUAUGAAAAAGCACAUAGAGUAUUGGCCUCUAAAACCACCACUAUUUUGAAAAGAAAUCCAAUAGAAAUGUGGACAAAUCAAUACAAUCCAUGCCUGCUCAAAAGCUGGGAUGCCAAUAUGGACAUACAGUAUGUAUUGGACCCUUUCAGCUGCAUCGUCUAUAUUAUAUCAUAUAUUUCAAAAUCUGAAAGGGAAAUGGGAAUGCUAUUAAAGCAAACACAGAUAGAAGCAGCAGAGGGAAAUUUGAGUGCACAUGAUACCAUCAAGAGGGUAGGGUCAGCUUAUCUAAAUCACAGAGAAGUGAGUGCACAGGAAGCAGUUUAUAGGGUGUGCAAUCUUAAGAUGAAAGAGAGUUCAAGAAAAGUCAAUUUCAUUCCUGUGGGAGAAAAUCCAACUCGAUUGAGUAAGCCUCUAGCAGAAAUAAAAAAGAACCAGGACGUCAAAAUUGGUGAAAAUGAUGUGAUUGCAGAUGAUGAUGACGAAGACGAAGAAAACAGUAUAUGGAUGACAAAUAUUGUGGAAAGGUAUGAAAACCGACCUGAGUUAAAUCUUUUCCAUAAAAUGUGUCUUGCUGAAUUCUGUUCAGAAUACAGAGUGCUUAGUAAAUCUGAGAUUCCCAAGGGCAAAAAAGAAGGUGUAUAUGAAUUGAAAAAUGCAAAGGGUUACAUUCAAAAGAGAAGCAGAGGGAAACCUGCUGUUAUACGAUAUCCAAGAUUCAAUCGUGACAAUGCACCUGAAAAAUUUUAUCAGUGUCACCUACAACUUUUCCUUCCAUACUUGAAUCUUAGUCAGUUGAAACCACCUGGAUUUGAUUUAUACCAGACUUUUUAUGAGAAUGGAUAUGUCAAAGUGAAACCAAACAGAAAUUUAGAAAGAGUCAAAAGCAUAGUGGAUAGUAAUCAUGAUUACUUCUCAAAAAAUGAGGAUGAUAUUGAAAAUGCUCAGGAUGCAUUAGAAAUGCUUGGUGAACCAGAGGAUGCAUGGGCAAGUUUAUGUCCAGAAUCAGAAUUAAACCGAAGAGAAUGUUUGAAUGAAAAAUUACAAUCAAAGGAACAGGAGAAUAGAGAAUCAGAAGUCACACACGAAAUUGAGAAUAGUGGUUCUGAAGACAUUAUUUAUCAUUUAAGGGAAACUCAAAACACCAGAAAAGAGAUGCUUCCCUUACUGCGCAGUUUGAAUGAAAAACAGAGGCAGAUUUUUUAUGCUGUUCAUGAGUGGUGUGUAAAGAAAAUAUCUGGAGAAGAUGUUGAACCUAUGCACAUUUUUAUAACUGGAGGAGCAGGGACAGGAAAAAGCCAUCUGAUAAAGACAAUACACUAUGAAGCAUCUCGUCUCUUUGAAAAAACACUGCCUUCUCCAAAUGCAGUAUCUGUGAUUCUCACAGCUUUUACAGGAACAGCAGCAUUCAAUAUUGGAGGACAUACCAUUCAUCAUGUUUUUUCUUUAACAAAAGCUUUACCAAUUCCAUAUCAACCCUUGAAGGAACAAAGUUUGAGUGGAAUAAGAACCAGAUUAGAACAUUUGCAGAUUUUGGUCAUAGAUGAGGUUUCUAUGGUAUAUAAAAGACUUUUGUUUUACAUUCAUGAACGACUUGUCCAAAUCAAAAAAUGUAAAGAACCAUUUGGUGGUGUGUCUGUGAUAGCAGUUGGAGAUUUUUAUCAACUUCCACCUGUUAAACAGCGAAAGGAUGAGAGGUUGUAUAAAGAAAAUGGUUCAUAUCCAAUUGAUUACUGGCAAGAUUUCUUUAAAAUUGUAGAGUUGGAUGAAAUAAUGCGACAACGUGAAGAUAGAGCAUUUGCAACUGUUUUGAAUUCAUUGCGUAUUAGAACAUCUGAAGAACCCAUAUCAGAUGAAUCUUUGGCAACACUUCAAGAAUGCAUUAGAGAAGGACCAGAUGAUGUUCUACAUGUUUAUUCUACAAACCAAGAGGCAAGUGAAUACAAUCUGAAAAUGUUGCAUGGGAAUUGUGAAGAUUUAAUUGAAGUACAUGCUGAUGAUUAUCAAAAAGACAGGACAACAGGGAAAUUAACUUUACGUGACAAACCUUUGAUUAAUACUCGAGGUGAUGGGCUCUCUGUUUCAUUACUUUUAGGUGUGAAUGCAAGAGUAAUGCUAACACGAAAUGUAAGUGUUGAGGAUGGCCUAGUGAAUGGUGCAAUGGGGUAUAUUUCAAAUUUUGUAUUUAAAAGCAAACAGCCUGUAAAAGAAGUAGAAAUAGUUGAAGUCAUCUUUGAUAGUGGAAAUAUUGGUAAAAUUCAAGGAAAGAAGACACCCAAAGGAAAUGUUGUCCCAAUUAAAAGAGUGGAAGAAGAGAUAAAUGAGAAAAAUAUGAAGAGUGUUGUCAGACAUCAAUUUCCACUGAAACUCUCAUGGGCAUGCACAGCACAUAAAGUUCAAGGCAUGACUACCAAGAGUGUUGUUGUCAAUUUAGAUCGGACUUUCUCUCCUGGUCAAGCAUAUGUAGCAAUCAGUCGCGUGACUUCAAAGGAUGGUCUAUUCAUUGAGACCAAUGAUGAGAGUGUCCUGCAGAAAAAAAUUUAUGCUGAUUUAGAUGUGAAAUUAGCACUUACUAGUAUGGAGAGAUACAUUUUAGGUGAAGACUUGACAUGCAGUGCUACAAAGUAUGGAAGUUACAAAACAAUUCUUUUGUUCAAUGUUCAAAGUUUGAGAGGACACUUUCAGAAUAUGAAUUGUGACAACAGAUUAUUGAAAGUUGAUUUUAUUUGUUUAACAGAAACAUGGUUGAAGGAACAGGAGAACAUCCAAGAUAUUGAAAUUUCAGGCUUUGACUUUCACCAUGUUGCACGAAACCAGUGUUAUGAUGAUAGUGAAGACCUGAUGAGAGGACUAAGAAAAGCUAAAGGUGGUGGGGUUGGAGUGUACAGGAAGAAAAGAAAUGAGACAAUCUUGAUCAAUCCUUUGGAAUGCAAGAAUAUAGAAGGAAUAACUGUAGAAAUGCAUCAAUAUGAUAUUGUAAUCAUUAUACUCUACCGGCCAAAUGUACUACCUGUGAACAAUUUUCUUGACACAUUACAAAAAGUGGUGAAUUUUUAUAGGAGACAUUUUUGCAACAUGAUUAUUAUAGGUGACAUGAAUGAAGAUGCCAAAUUGCAAGGACCCAUACAGAGGUUUUUAGAAUCAAUGGGAUUUAUGCAAAUGGUGCAGUUUUACACAACAGAGGGUGGAACAAUAUUGGAUCAUGUAUAUGUAACUGACCCUCUGAAAGUCUGUGUGCACAAAGUGUCAUUGUAUUUCAGUUAUCAUGAAGCUAUUGAAAUUCAUUUGAGAACUGAAUAA